UGUGGAGGCAGUGAAAUUGUAAAAAAAGAAAAAUAGGGAGGAAGAAUCGAAGGAUCCAUGUGGAAGGUGAUGGUAACUUAGAUUUUGAAGAGAGUGUUGUUUCCGUAUCGUUGUCUUCGGACCCAGCUUCCAGUUCCACUCUGAGACCUUCCCUUUCAAUUCACUCCAAAUCAAAUUCAAUUUCAUCAUUCGAUCAGACCCUCCUUUUUUCUCCAAGCCAAUCCAUGAGUUUCCAUUGACCCACGUCUCCGUCACCUGCCAAAUCCAACCCCGCUUCGCAAAAUGGUGGAGACCUCCACGCUAGGGCGCUUCCACCACCAAAGGCUCGACCUUCGCCGCUGGCUCCCCGCCUUCCUCACCUCGCACAAAACCCUCUUCACCGUGCUCUGGAUCGCCGCCUUCGCCUCCCUUUUCCUCUGGCAGAGGAACAUUGUCGGCGGCUUCCUCGUCUUCGGCGCCCCUCCGGCCAGGCCCAUGCCCAAGCUCCGCCCCACCGCCUUCAAUUUGACGGAUUUCGGAGGUGUCGGUGAUGGCGUCACUAUCAACACCGAGGCCUUCGAGAGGGCGGUUUCUGCGAUUUCGAAGUUUGGGAAGAAAGGCGGUGCGCAGUUAAAUGUGCCUCCCGGACGCUGGCUUACGGCGCCGUUUAAUCUUACCAGCCAUAUGACUUUGUUUCUAGCUCAAGAUGCUGUUAUUCUCGGCAUUGAUGAUGAAAAAUAUUGGCCACUGAUGGCUCCAUUGCCUUCAUAUGGGUAUGGGAGGGAGCUUCCUGGUCCACGAUAUGGCAGUUUGAUUCAUGGUCAAAAUCUUAAAGAUGUUGUGAUAACAGGGCAUAACGGUACCAUAAAUGGCCAAGGACAAGCAUGGUGGCAAAAAUUUCGCCAGAAGCGUCUCAACCACACUAGGGGGCCACUUGUUCAGAUCAUGUGGUCUAGUGACAUUGUGAUCACUAACAUUACUUUGCGUGACUCUCCUUUCUGGACACUUCAUCCGUAUGACUGCAAAAACAUCACAAUAAAAGGUGUAACUAUACUGGCUCCAGUGUUUGAAGCUCCAAAUACUGAUGGCAUAGAUCCUGACUCUUGUAAGGACAUGUUGAUAGAGGACUGUUACAUAAGUGUGGGAGAUGAUGCAAUUGCAAUAAAAAGUGGCUGGGAUCAGUAUGGAAUUUCAUAUGGAAGGCCUUCCAUGAAUAUAAUAAUCCGAAACCUUGUUCUUCGCUCUAUGGUCAGUGCUGGCAUCUCAAUAGGCAGUGAGAUGUCUGGCGGAGUAUCCAAUAUCACGGUGGAGAAUGUUGUUGUAUGGGAUUCUAGACGUGGUGUGAGGAUCAAGACCGCCCCUGGACGAGGAGGAUACGUGCGCCAAAUAACUUAUCGGAAUCUGACAUUUGAGAAUGUCCGUGUUGGGAUUGUGAUGAAGACAGAUUACAAUGAACACCCUGAUGAUGGGUAUGAACCCACGGCACUCCCAAUUCUGACAGACAUAAGCUUUACCACGAUCCAUGGCCAUGGGGUUCGCGUGCCAGUACGUAUACACGGCAGUGAAGAAAUUCCUGUGAAAAAUGUGACUUUUCAGGACAUGUCAGUUGGUCUAACCUACAAGAAGAAGCAUAUCUUUCAGUGUGCUUUUGUUGAAGGCCGUGUAAUAGGGACCAUCUUUCCUGCUCCCUGUGAGAACCUUGAUCGGUACAAUGAGCAUGGACAUCUGUUUAAGCGUUCUUCGUCUCAGAAUGUCACAGAUAUAGAUUAUGAUUUUUGAGGUCUCAUCUUCAUUAAAUCUCGGCCUUGUUCCUUUUACGUAGGCCUCAAUUUAUGUCUGUAUUACAUGAUUUUUUAGGAGGUUGGAGAAGUCAAGUCCCACUUUUUUUCUUUUCUGAAGUGGAGUUGUAAAUACAGAAAAUUUUCAUAUGCUUACCUAAGUUUACUAGAUUAUACGAUUGCGUAGUCCUUUUGC